CUCGUUGGUCGCUUAAGCUCCAGGGUUUCAGAUUUAAGAUCGAACAUAGAAGAGGAUCUCAAAACGUUGUACCCGAUUGUUUCACGGCAAAACUUCGAAGAAUUGGUGGUAGCACAUAAGCUAGAGGAAUUGGAAGUAGAUCCACUUAUUGAUCUAGAGUCAGCUGAGUUUGAGUCAGAAGAAUAUUCGAAGUUGAGAAAAUAUGUACGCGAUAACGAGUCCCGGUUGCCUGAUAUCCGGCUUGUUGAUAAGCAUGUUUAUAAACGCACGGAAUUCCCAAAUGGUGAUCAUGAGCGGGAAACAUUCAA